ACAACACCAGCAGCAGGACACACAACCGGAUGAGUGUGUAACUUUGUGUUAACUCCGGUUCUUUGUCGCUCUCUCGGCUACACGCUGCUCCUGCAGGAUGUCUGUGGCUCGUGCUCAGAGAUCAGCAGCUUUCUGCAGCGGCCAGGAGAGGAAGCUCUUCCCCCUCCAUUAUGCUCCGGACCGACUGGGAAACGUGAUGCACCGACAGGGGGCGCCACACCUCGGCCCUGGCUGCUACGUCAACCAUGAGUUUGGCACCAUAUAUCACGACUUGCAGAUGAGACCGGAGAGUAACAAAGGAUAUAUUGUGUCUGCGAGGACCGCAGCACGCUUUCCACCUUCUGACAAGACUGUGACGCCUUCACCACAGCAGUACCAGCAGGAUCACAGUCAGUCCACCAUCGCCCCACCUGGAAAAUCCCCUUUCAACUCCACCGCAGAGAGAUUCAAACCCCCGGCAUGUGCAGCUGAGGGCAGUCCAGGGCCGGGGACCUACAAGCCGGACGCAGUGACAAACAGGAAGGUGAGCUGGCCCAUGUGCUUCGGGCGUCCAGACUGGUCCCGACUGCCGCCGCUGGAAAAGAAGUCCGUCAGGGUGAAGUUACACAGUGAGAAGGCUUUGCUGAAGCAGAGGAGCAGAGUGGCCUACCUGAGUUUGUACUUUUAACUCUGAUGGAUGAAAACAGAUUCUGACAUAAUGAACAACGGUAAUAAAAUCAGACUUAAACCGA